ACUACUCCUAUAAUCUGCGGAGAACUAAGCUUACUUUCGCCAUUAAUACUGUUUGAAGAAGAAGAAUUUGCAGAAUGGUGGUGUUCGAGCUGAGCACUUCGGUAGACAGGUGGCCCGAUCCUGUUCAGAAAUUUAUCAUCAUGUCAGACGGGCGGCGCCUUGAUCCUGUUCAGAAACUUAUCAUCAUGUCAGAUGACAGCGUUAUAACCAAGCAAAUCCAAGACACUCACACUCCUGAUGGUAGGGAGAUUGAUUGCGAUUCUCUUUUGCUGAUUAUCGAGGAAAUUCUUUACCGCACUGUCCCGUUGGGUAUUCAAGCAGCCAUGCAGGAAAACUCUAUUCCGGCAGGUUUCAAAGAAGGCCUGCUUGAAGCACUGUCAUAUGUAGUGAACAGAAUAUCCUCUGAGAUGACAUACAAGUGUUUGACCAGUGGUGAUGCGCAUCAAAUGGUAAUCUCCCUGUUGCAACUUUUAUCAAGCUAUCCUUGGGAGGCAAAGUUGGUGCUACUCCUAGUUGCUUUUGUUUUGAUGUACAGUGAAUUUUGGAUCCUAAUUAAGUUUCAAGCAUCGAGUAAACUCGCCAGCAAGAUUGCUAUCCUCAAGCAAGUUCCAGAAGUGGAGAAACUGAAAAAGCAGCUAGAUGGACUUAACAAUCUCAUUAUGUUAAUGUUGGAUCUGGCCAAGUGCAUUGUAGGAUUCAAGAUGCUGCCAGCUCCGAUAGUUGAUUUACCAGAACUAUCCGGAGCUCUUGACACUAUCCCUACAGCCAUUUACUGGACUGCUAGAGGCAUAGUCUUUUGUGCAGUGUAUACAACUCAGCUCACUGCUGCGAAUUAUGAGGACCCUAUGAAGUUGGGAACAUUGGAAAAGGAACUAUCUGCAUUGGCAGACAAGAUAAGAAGCAGCAAUGAGAAUCUUCAGAAGCAACUAACGGAUUGCUACCAGAUCAUAGAGGAGAAGAAGGAGAAAGAUGAUUAUGAAUCGCUGGUCAGACUUACAGAGAGCGCUCAUAUUGACAACUUGGAAGUCCUGAGAGCUUUAAUAAGUGGCAACAAUGAUGAGCCACCACUGAUUGCGGGUUCUACCAAUAGAACGACCAAUCUUGAUCUUUUGAGGAGGAAGUACGUGUUAUUCCUUAUAUCAGGUCUCUUCGAUGCCUCCCCUCCAACUGACCUAUAUGUACUUGCCCAAAUUUACAAUGAGGCUAAAACAUAUUCAGGGAUUAGAAAUGAUUUUGAAUUGGUAUGGAUCCCUAUGGUGGAUAGUUUGCAGAUACAGACAGAAGCUACGAAACGACAGCUUCAAUUUUGCCAAGAAUAUGUGCCAUGGUAUUCAGUGAGGCAACCGAGCUUCAUUUCUAAACCUGUCAAAAGAUUGAUUAAAGAGAAAUUUCACUAUAGAAAUCGGCAAAUUCUUGUGGUAAUGGAUCCCCUGGGAAGGGUGGUGAAUCUCAAUGCCCUUCACAUGAUGUGGAUAUGGGGAACUGUUGGUUUUCCUUUCGAAAAGACAAAAGAGCUGUUGCUUUGGCAGGAGGAGACUUGGCGUUUGGAGCUGCUAGUUAACGGUAUUGAUGUGAGCUUAUUAUAUUGGAUAAGAUCAGAAAGAUACAUCAUUCUCUAUGGAGGAUUCGACCUGCAGGCGAUCAGUGAUUUCACUGUCACAGCACGUCGAAUUAUCCACCAAUUAGACAUCCCAUUGGAGAUGGUCUAUGUCGGAACUAGUACCAAAAGUCCGCAAGAGUUGGGGCCCCUAAUUAAUAACAUCAGGAAUCAGAGGCUUAGCAAUUGCUGGGAGGAGGAGAUGAUGUGGUUUUUCUGGACUCGAGUGGAAAGCAUGUUGUUGUCCAAGAUUCAGGUAGAAGCUAAGGAUGAGCAGGACCCAGUGAUGCAGGAGCUUGAGAAGCUGCUGAUGUAUGAUAGGAUGGGGACAUGGGCUUUGUUCAGCAAAGGGUCGGAAGUGAUGUUAACUGGGCGUGUCCCUGCUCUGAUACACUUAUUGCAAAAGUUUGAUGAGUGGAAGGGGAAUGUGGGGCAUAGUGACUUUCUCAUAGAAUUGAAGGAACAGUAUAACCGACUUCCUGCUGCUGAUGAUCACCCUUGUUGCCAGUUGGAGUUUGAUCAUACUACAGGAAAGACUCCAGUGAGUAUGAUAUGCCCCGAGUGCCAUCGCUCCAUGGAGGAACUUGCUGUUUUCACCUGCUGCCAUGAUCAUUAGUCACAAAAGAAUUUGUUGUUCUUGAGUGCUUGUAUGUAUUUUCCUCACUAAUAGUGUCUGUUUGAACAUUAGUCACAAAAGAAUUUGUUCUUGAGUGCUUGUAUGUGUGAUCAUUUGGAAUUGUUGCAUCUCCUACUUUGUACCAUUGCUAUUUCGUUUGGACAACUUUUUACUACAUAUGCAAUUAUCAGAAAA